CUAGACCCACAAGAAUGAAUCAAGGUUGUUGGUUUGGAUAUCAUCAUGAUGAUGAUAACAGAAGCACAAGACACACGUAAUUGGUUGAUUUAUUGGACACGGGUAACCCAUGAAUUGAAUCCAAUACUUUGUCCUGGCAUAUCUUUGACAAGUAUGCAUGUUCCAAAAAACGCUGUCGUUUCGUAAUUCAAACCCCAAAAGAUUUCUUCUCUGCAACCCAAGAUUUUCAUCUCGUUUUCAUGCAAGACAUUUCCCCACUUUGAUCUCUCACUCUCUAUAAAUAUAUGCAUAUCUCCGCUUCCUUUUCACUUCUAGUCAUCACAACCACCAUUGAAAAACACCACCCUCCUCUUCUUUGCUCUUUGUUUCUUUCUUUCUCUAUCAAGAAAAAGCCACAAGUUAUUAUUAACUUUUCUUUCAUUAGCUAUCAAGAAAGCUAGAAAACAAAAAAGAAAGCAGAAAAAAUGGCUCUCAAUUGCGCAGUUCAAGCUUAUUUCAUAGUGAUAUUAUCAUUCAUAACCCGUUUAAUGUCCACAGCUCGAAAAUCCAAGUUCCUACCCUCUAAGCUCUUAACUCUUGAUUUCUUUCAGAGAAUUCGCACAGACCCUUUAGCGAUUGAAUCAGCCUCUAGAGAUUAUGGUAACAUUGUCCAUGAAAGCCCAGCGGCAGUUCUCUAUCCAUCCUCUGUAAAAGACAUCGUCGGUCUAAUAAAAUUCGCCUAUAAUUAUUCUGCUCCGUUAACUGUAUCUGCUAGAGGCCGCAGUCAUUCUGUAUUUGGACAGGCUAUGGCUCCUAAUGGAGUUGUAAUAGACAUGAUGAGUCUUAGGAGUCAUAGAGAGAAGACUGGAGUUCUAGUCGGAAAAAUCCCUUCACUGGGUUUUUACGCGGAUGUCGGAGGCGAGCAGCUAUGGAUUGAUGUGUUAAAAGCCACAUUGGAGCAUGGUCUUGCACCGGUGUCGUGGACGGAUUACUUGUAUCUCACCGUCGGAGGAACGCUCUCUAAUGCCGGAAUUAGUGGACAAAGUUUCCGAUAUGGUCCUCAGAUCAGCAACGUCUAUGAAAUGGAUGUUGUCACUGGAAAAGGAGAGCUUGUCACUUGCUCUGCACACAAGAAUCCAGAGCUAUUUUUUGCUGUUCUUGGUGGCCUAGGCCAAUUUGGAAUCAUAACCAGAGCUAGAAUAGCUAUAGAGCCAGCACCAAAGAGAGUUAAGUGGGUACGGAUGCUUUACAGCGAUUUCUCUGCUUUCACCAAAGAUCAAGAACGUUUAAUCUCAAUCAAUGGAAGAAAACAAAGCAAUGCACUUGAUUACGUGGAAGGUUCCCUUCUUAUGAACCAGGGUCCUCCAAAUAAUUGGAGAUCUUCCUUUUUUCCUUCCUCUGAUAUUCCCAGAAUAAUGUCUCUAGUAACCCAACAUGGCAUCAUCUACUGUCUGGAAGUGGCGAAGUAUUACGAUGAUACAACCCAACAUUCUGUGGCUAAGGAAUUUCAACAAAUGUAUGAAGGGUUAAGCUUCAUUGCUGGAUUUAAGCUGGAGAAAGAUGUGUCGUAUGUAGAGUUUUUAGAUAGAGUAAGAAGUGGAGAGCUAAAGCUUCAAUCACAAGGAUUAUGGGAUGUUCCUCAUCCAUGGCUGAAUAUUUUUCUGCCCAAAUCACGUAUUUCUGACUUCAAUUCAGGUGUUUUUAGAGACAUUGUUCUUAAACGAAACAUUACAACAGGACCUGUCCUUAUUUACCCCAUGAACCGAAACAAAUGGGACGAUCGAACUUCUGCGGUUAUACCAGAUGAGGAAGUUUUCUACACAGUGGGAUUUUUGCAUUCAAGUGGGUUUGAUGAUUGGCAGAGGUAUGAUGAUCAGAACAAAGACUUGUUAAAAUUCUGUGAAAAAGCUGGAAUCAAGGUGACUAUGUAUUUUCCAAAUUACAAAACUAAAGAAGAAUGGAUCAACCAUUUUGGCUCCAAAUGGGCAACUUUCCGAGAGAAUAAAUAUCUGUUUGAUCCAAGAAUGAUGCUCUCCCCAGGCCAGAGAAUUUUCAAUUGACCUCUAAGCAUUAGCUUUUUCGGUUGACGAUCAUAGAGCGAGAGAAACAGAAACGUCAAGACAUUUCAGAUUUUACUAGUGAGGCAAGAAAAUAGAGAGAAAAAAGAAAAAGAAAGAAAUGGGUAGCAGGAUGAUAAGACGUUUACUCUUGCAAGAAGUUGACAUGUAGUAAAUAGUAUUAUAAAUGGAGAGAUUUUUAAUUAUAUAUAUAUAUACAUGCAGUGUUGAAAUUC